UGGAAACAACCCCUCUCUGAUCAACAGCAUUAUCUUCAAACCAGACAAUUGAUACAAUCUGACAGCCCUUUGAAUUUAUUGCGAGACCUCCAACUACUAGACUGCAAGACCCAUCACCAGCAAAACCAACGACACGGACUCAAUGGCGUCGAGCACUACCCCCGCCGCCGCGGUGGCAGCUGGAGAGAAAGAAAUCGGGAUUGGCACGCGCAAGUCUCUCCUUGCCAGGAUCCAAGCGGACAUGGUGCAAGCGGCGCUGCAAAAAGCGUGGCCGGACAAGAAAUAUGCCAUCCACGCCAUGAGCACCAUGGGCGACAAUAACCAGGUCACGGCGCUGCAUGAUUUCAACGCAAAGUCGCUCUGGACGCACGAGCUCGAGGCGCUCCUGUUGGAAGGGAAAUUGGAUUUGAUUGUGCAUUGCUUAAAGGAUAUGCCCACCCAACUCCCCCCGACCCUCUCCAUCGCCGCCGUCAUGGAGCGCGAAGACCCGCGCGACUGCGUCAUCAUCUCCGCCAAAUACGCCGACAAGGGAUACACGACACUGGCCUCGCUGCCCGCCGGGUCCGUAGUGGGAACCUCCUCCGUGCGCCGCAGCGCGCAGAUUGCGCGGCAAUACCCCGAGCUGAAAUUCGCCGACGUGAGGGGCAACGUCGGCACGCGGCUGGCCAAGCUCGACGACCCUGAGAAGCCAUAUACCUGUCUCGUCCUCGCCGCCGCGGGCCUCAAGCGGCUGGACCUCGCCGCCCGGAUCUCGCAGUAUCUCGAGUCCGACAAUGGCGGGGUCCUGCAUGCUGUCGGCCAGGGCUCGCUCGCGAUCGAGAUUCGCGCGGACGAUGCAGAAACCCUACAGCUCCUCGCCCCGCUCGAACAUGUCCCCUCCAAACUCGCCUGUCUCGCGGAACGCUCCCUCAUGCGCACCCUCGAGGGCGGCUGCUCCGUCCCGAUCGGCGUCGAGACGAAGUGGACGGCAGAGAAGCAGCUGUCGAUGAAGUAUGCGGUGGUCAGCAUCGACGGGACAGAGUCUGUGCAUGGCCAUAUCGAGCGCGCGGUCACGACGGUGGAAGAGGCCGAUCAGCUGGGCUGGGAUGCGGCGCGGGAUCUGGUCGAGCGUGGCGCGGGAAAGAUUCUGGAGAAGAUUAAUCUGAAUCGAAAGUUGGUUGAUGCUUAGUUGUUAGUUCUCUCUCUCUUCUUGUUUCUAGCAUGACUAUUGCACCUAUCCGCAUCCUUGCAUCCUUGCAUCCUUUGCAUCUACUUGCUACAGUCUAUCCUCGUGGCGUUUUUGGGCGUUCAAAGCAAUCAUUCGCACAUUCUAUCUUCUUUCUAUCUUCCCCUCUCACCUCUUAUCUUCUCCCGUCUUGUUUUUUUUUUUUUAGAUAGGAAGAUAGUUUAUCAACAAGACAAUCUCCAUUUCCAUU